AUGCCAAGUGCAAUGGUACCUGCCAAGUUGGACUUGGGUGGCUUUGAUGUCGCGGACCCGAUGUUGGACGACCAGGAGAUGGCGAGAGUCAACAGGAGGGGCCUGAUAGCCGAGGCGCUCGGCAUCGAGUGCAUCGGCUGGGUUUUCACCUCACUCCCUUUGGACGAUGGACUACUCCUCUCCCCGGACGAAGUGGUCCGAAUCGCCAGGCUGCAGAAUGAUCACUCGACCGACAAACACUUCACAAAGUAUGCGUUGUCCAAGUUUGUGUCGUGUGCAGUCCGGCCGGACCCGGCGCAAAAUGGCGCACCCGGGAUCAAUCCGUUCAUGGUCUCAGAGCAAGCUUGCGCCAUGCUCCGCGACGGGAUACUCGAAGCCUUGCCGAGCGAGCGCCGCGCCUGUGUGGUACGCGAGGCCGGUGCUUAG